AUGAGACAUUUUGCCGUGGUUCUCUGUUGCUGUAUCGUGGCUUUAGCUGCAGCCGACAAGCUCGGCUAUAAUUACCAGCCCGUGGCACAUUCUGGCUCUGGACUUUCAUUUGCGCCGGGCAGUUCUGCCAGCAAUGUGUCGCCCUCAUAUUCAGCAGAGCCCGGCGCAGAUGAUGGUUCUGAUAACGCAGGCUUAGCUCAGUCUUCACGUGUGGAAUCCAACUUCCAGCCAAUCGGACCUAUUGCUGAACCAUCUGCAGAUGCUUCAAACUAUUCUGCUCCAAAACCCGAGCUGCAGAAAGAAUUUUUCACGUAUACGGCGAAUGAGGACGACUUUGAGGAUCCGGCUGCAUCGGAACGGGUAUCGAAUUCGUUGAGUAAAGCGCUGCGUGUUAUCUUUGUCAAGGGGCCCCAAAAUAAUGGUUUGGAGCGAGCUGCCCUGGCUUUGGCCAAGCAGGCUGGUCAACAGGAGACCGCCAUCUAUGUCCUGAGCAAUCAGGCCGACAUCAGUGAUUUGGCCAACAAGCUGAAUGCUAUCCGCAGCAACACCAAUAAGCCUGAGGUACAUUUUGUCAAGUACCGCACUCCUGAGGAUGCUGCCAAUGCUCAAAAAGCUAUUCAAGGACAAUAUGACCAGCUAGGUGGAGCAUCUACCCACCAGGAUGGAGGCGUUGCACCUGUUCUCAAUUUUGCAGCCAGUAAUCCAGCGCCUGCUGCUAGUCCAGUGGCUUCGGAGCCAGCUUCACAGAUUGCUCAGCCGAUAGCCACGGAGCCUAUUUCCUCAUACAUUCCCCCUGUGACUCCAGGCAGCACUUAUUUGCCCACAAAUAUUUUGCGCCGCUUGCGAUUCUAA